AUGAUGGUGCGAUGAGACGUGAUAGAGACUCAGACAGGCGAGAAGUCAUGAAGAAGUUUACUUUUAAAGGCGUUUUGGACAAUUUCCGCACCUCAGUUGCCCAACAAAGUAGACCUGACCAGGAGAUCCAGGAAACUUUGCGACCAGAACAUUUCCAAGUUAAAAGGACGUUCCGGCAUGGCUUUCCAUUUCAACCAACAUCGAUGGCCUUCGAUCCUGUCCAAAAACUGCUAGCUAUAGGGUCAAAAUGUGGAUCUCUGAGAAUAUUAGGACAGCCGGGCGUCGACAUCCACGUCCGUCACGACAUGGAGGGUCCCCCGGGCUCGUCGGCAGUCCUCCACCUCCAGUUCCUGGUCAACGAGGGCGCCCUCUUAUCGGCCACCGCCGACGACACCCUGCAUCUGUGGAACUUCAGGCAGAAGAUGCCCCAGGUGGUGCAGAGCCUCAAGUUUCAGAAGGAGAAGAUAACCUGCGUGCACCUGCCCCUGCAGUCGAAAUGGAUCUACGUCGGCACGGAAAAGGGAAAUGUCCACGUAGUGCAAAUAGAGAAUUUCCAUUUAUCCGGCUACGUUAUAAACUGGAACAAAGCUAUCGAAGCGACGAGGAAAACGAGACCUGGCUGUAUCGUUCAUCUCAGCGACAAUCCUCUAGAUGCCAGUAAGUUGUUGAUUGGCUUCGAGUCGGGACUGGUGGUUUUGUGGGAUCUGAGGAACAAGGCCCCGGAGAUGCGGUGGGUGACGUACGAGCUGAGGUCGAUCACGUGGCAUCACGAGGGGAAGCAAUUUAUGUGCUCCCAUACGGACGGUACCCUGACCACGUGGAGUCUCAGGUCGAACGUUAAAUACACCCACAUAUCGCAACCACUAGCCAAGGUCAAGGACGGAAAGGCGGAACCCUGCAGGCCCAUCAACAAGGUGGAGUGGAAGACUUCCAAGACAGGUGAAGCAUUUGUGAUAUUUUCUGGAGGAACGCCCAAGGACCAAGCGGGGAAGACGCCCUGUAUAACAGUCGUUCAUAACAAGACCACCACCGUGCUGGAAAUGGAACACACGGUCGUCGAUUUUAUCACCUUGUGUGAAUCUCCGUAUCCUAGUGAUCUCCAAGACCCCUUCGCCAUAAUAGCCCUGCUGCAGAACGACCUGGUGGUGAUGGAUCUCCACACGCCCGGUUUCCCACCCUUGGAGAACCCCUACCCCAUGGACAUUCACGAGUCCGCGGUGACCUGCUGUACCUACCUCGCUGAUUGUCCAGCCGACCUCAUACCGGCCUUCUACUCGGUCGGCAGGGCUGGGUCGGUGAAGAAACAGGGUUUCUCCGAGAUGGACUGGCCGGUGGGCGGAGGUACUUGGUCGGCGCAGUCCUGCAGCUACAGCGAGAUCAUAAUGACGGGGCACGCGGACGGUAACAUAAAAUUCUGGGACGCGAGCGCCGGCACCCUCCAGGUCCUGUACAAGUUGAAGACGGCCAAGGUGUUCGAGAAACCCAAGGCGAGGUCGUUGGACAGCGAGGACGAACCGUUCGCCGUCGAGCUCAUCUCCCUCUGUCCGGAAUCCAGGAAACUGUGCGUGGCGGGCGCUUCCAGUCACGUGGUCCUGUUCACCUUCAAGAAGACGGAGACUAACGAGGAGAUCACGACGUUGGAGAUACCGAUCGUGUACGAGGUACCCGACGAGGGGGAGAUAUCGCCGGAUUGUCAGUUUUCUGGUCCCGGAAGCGCUGGUUCUGGAAACAAAAUGGACCUCUUGGAUAUGGACAAUAAGAAGGAUUCUUGCUCUCUGAAAGUGAGACCUGGUGUUCAGAGGAAACCACCCGGGUUUCAAGCUCAGAUGGUUUGUUUGACACCCUGCAACAACGGUGAAUCCCCCAGCCAUAUAACGGCGCUCUCUAUCAACAGUUGGUACGGGCUAAUGGCCUACGGAAACGAGGCCGGUAUAGUGAUAGUAGACAUAGAACAGAAAGUUUGCCUCCUGAACAUCGGCAGUCCGGAUCUGUACGGCGCCCAGGAUCCGUACUCAAGGGUGCCGAGGAGUCCGAAGAAGAACAACCACAGCGGCGGCGAUACUCUGCCGGUGAACAUCGACAGAGAGGAGAGACAGCCUCGCAGUCCCAGCAUAGACCAGAUGGGACGGUCCCCGGAAUAUCCCUAUUCCUCAUGCCCCUGCCCCACCCCCGUAGAACAAGCUUGCGAAGCCGUGGAAGAGGAAGACAAGACCGUGCCGAUACCCCAAGCGGCCACCAGGAGAAAAUCGUCCACGUGGAAAACGUUCAAUUUCAAACGCCAACUGUCCAAGGUGGACAUGAAGGUGAAGAAGAGCUCGCUGAAGGAGAAAAGAAACUCCGUCUUUCAUUGCGACAUCUACGCGAACCAGGAGGAGAUAGCCGAACAGGCCUCUCCGGAAUCGGACGAGAACACUCUGGUGGACAGCCAGGGCACUGUGAUCAAUGUCCCGAUCAGUCCCAAGAACAACGACCAGGACAAAGACGACAGUUUUGAGUUUCUGUCCGAUUAUCAGUUGUCGCCGACGGAGGAGAACACAUUUCCUUUCGUGGUCGGUUCGUUGGACGCGCAAAACGACAACGGGCAAAAAAAAGUGGUGUUCACCCAGAGACCCGAUAACUUGGAGCUGGAGGAAGAGGGUAGCCCCGUAAGACCGCCUAGGGGUCAAAAGAAACGGCCACAAUGCAGGGACCAGAGACUGUUAUCUGUCCCCAACAUAAAAUUCCAAAAAUCGGAUCUAACGAUCAGAGACCUGAGGGAUAAGGAGGACGUAUUGACGAGCCCUCAGCCGACGUUUACCGGGAACCUGAUGAGAAGAUUCAAUGACCUACUGGCCAGUGUCGCCCAUCUCACCGACCACCACUGUCAUUGUCUGACCUCGUGUCGAAGUAGUGUAAGUACUGGGUUUCGUGGACAGAUGAACGGGAUGUGCAGCCCGGCCUCAGGUUACCCGACCGUCAGUGGCGCCGGCAGCAGCGGGGCGAGGGCGAGACCUGACCCGCCCCGUCGAUCUAGAUCGCAAGGUACUCGCAAACUUCACAAGUGCCUGUCGACGGCUAGCUACUCAGAGGACUGUGUCAGCCACAACCCGAGUGCCGCUUCGGGUACUCAGCAGCGACAGCAGCUGAUGGUUGCCCGUCAAUAUUGCAGUUUUGAUAAACUGGAUAACUCCUUCUCCAGAUCGAGGUCGAGUUCCAUGAGUUCCCUGGAGAACAUCACCUCGGAAGCCAUACAAGUGCUGGCGUUCAACGAUUCCUACACCAAGAGGUCCGAACCCCUGGCUCUGGUACCCUCGCUGUGGGUGGGCACCAGUCUGGGCUCCGUGCUCGCCAUUUCCAUCAUACCUCCGGAUUCGGACAGCAGGUCUUCCCAGCCGGUGGUGGUGUCCCUGAUGGGUACCACGAUAUUCAGGUUGAAGGGCGGCAUAAUAGGUCUGUCCUUCCUGGAUUGCAACGGUUGUCUCAUCCCCUAUCCCUACGAAUCGUGGAGGGACGAUAACCGGGAGAAGAGAGAGAGGAGAGAGUGUUUUUCAGGGACGCCGACGCGCAGUCAAGGAUCGGUCAGGAUGAGUCCGACCCUGAGCGAGACCAAGGGUGAUCCCAUAGGGGAUCGUCAAUACGUUGUGAUCACCAGCGAGAAACAGGCGAGGGUCGUGGCUUUGCCCUCUCAGACCUGCAUCUACAGACAGCAGAUAACAGACUCUGAUUUUGUGGUUAAGGCGGAAACUGUUACUUUUAAAGAUAGUGUAUGUUUAGUAUGUUAUUUAUCAAAUGGUCAUCUGGCAACCUACAGUCUACCUAGCCUAAGGCCACUGAUGGACAUCGACUUUUUGCCAUUGUCCGAACUAAGUUUCCAGACACAAACUAACAAGGGCAUAGUAGACCCAAUGUUGUCAAUUUGGGGCCAACAACUAAUAGUUAACGAGGAUACUGACCAGAUCGCGAGAACCUUCUGCUUCAGCAACAGAGGACACGGUCUCUAUCUGGCCACGCCGUCGGAACUGCAGAAAUUCACUAUCUGCUCCGAAUUCUGCUCAACGUUCAACGACAUGGUCGGAGAGCUCUUCCUCGCGAUGGACAUGCCCGAACCUCCGAAAGAGGGAUUCUUCAAGGGUCUGUUCGGCGGAGGAGUGCGGCAGUUGGACAGGGAAGAGCUAUUCGGAGAAUCUAGCGGCAAGGCGAACAAAUCCGUGGCGAAGCACAUCCCGGGCAAUCUGCAGGAUAUGGGCACCAGGGUGACGAGCGCGACCAGCGAGGUGAACAGGGCGCACAAGCUGAUGCUGGAACGCGGCGAAAGGUUGAACCGUCUGGAGGACAGCGCGGAGAGGAUGCGCAACGAGGCGGAAAAUUUCUCGUCUUCCGCGCACGAGGUGAUGCUCAAAUACAGAGACAAGAAAUGGUACCAAUUGUGAGCGUCUCCCUGUUGACUGUACAUUUCUCGAAUCUAGUCUGAAUGUAGUCAAUGAACAUCGUCCGCUGAUCGGUUUUCGUCGACGUAGGAGAAUGAGAAGAAAUCGUUGAGCAAGGUUCGUAGUAGAAUAGGUUAUGAAAUUUUGACAGUUGACGUUUUGUCAACGCGAAACUUCAACCGUCGAUAUUCCACGGCCCACUCGACUUCGAAUUUUUCACAACACACGUUAUCACACCGUUUCCAACGCUAUAAAAAAUUUCAAUAAUCUUCCUACGAUUCAGACAUUCUCACGCCAUCUAUCGAUUGUUGUUCACCUCGUCAGAAACCCACAAAUAUCGAAUUUUCCAUUUAAUUUCGGGUAUUAGGGUCUACGGAUGUAUCUAGUCAAUUUCGAUUCGGUGAAAACCCUUCAAGUCUAAGCUUGAUCUUAACGUGAAAUGUGAUACUAUGAUCAGUAUGGAGAAAGAGAUGAAAUUUCUAUUUUGAACUAUUGUUCGUCACUAUUUAACAGAGCACACAGUUUCUGCACACGGAAGUUGCAUCUUAUUGUCUCUAUUCUUCGUUAUAAGGUAAUUUUGAAGCUCGGCAUAUGCGCGAAUUUGAUGGGAUGAAGCAAAGAUCAAACAAUUACUUGAGCAUGUUCUUAAUCAAUGCUGCAUAUAAAUAUAUAGAUAUGAGAAUUAAACAUUUCGAAUUCCUGUAAAUUAGGUACUUGAUAUAGAAACCAACAAAUGACUCUAAACUGUUAACCUCUCAAUUGAGCUACACAAUUGAUUUUGUACUUUUCUAGAUUCAUUUCCUUUGUACGUGUAUACUUUCGAUUUAUAUUUUUCUAGUAUUAACGUAAUGUAUGUAAAUAAGGCCCGUUAUUGUGGCAGGGUCGUAUAAUCGAUGUAAAUAAAUAUAUAAUAUAUUUCAUUUUGUAAAGAAAAAAUAUUGGAAGACAAUAAGCUCUAUAAUUUUUCUCUCUUGAUUAUUUCGGCUCUGACUGAACUUCGUUGCUCCAUUGACGUCGUCAGGGCUGGCCUUGAACAUUUUCAGUGAACCUUAAUCACGUUAAAUUCCCCAAACCAAGUGCGCUAAUUUUUUUUGAUCGAUAAACUUUGUCGAAUAUUACUUAAGUCGGCAACGGAGUUCAGGUAUCGCCAUGGAACUAUGUGGAUUAGUUAGUAACAAAUUAAUUUGAAAUGUCUUCCUCCUAAUUUUUCCUCUAAUCUUGUUGAAUACCUGCUCUUCAUUAAUAUCUUAUUUGAUUCGUCAAGUGAAUGCGAUCAAGUUAUGUGAAGUGGUCCAAAAAUAUAUAUCAAAAAAGAUCAAAAUAUUUCCACGAUAAUGUUGGACAAGGAUGGCCUAAGUACUUGGGAAUGAAAUAAAGAUAUUAAGAAUUAUAGAAACCGAAUGAAUUGUAUAAAAUCCGUAGGAAUAGAAAAAAAAAUGUUAACGUAGACUAUUUGAUAUAUAUACUUAAUGAUGAAGAACGAUCCGUUCUGUGCAUAAUAUAUUAUAAUUAUUACCGAUUUGUAAAUUUAACGAGCUGGACUCUACGUUUUUUAAUUUCGUCUGUGCGAAGAAUGAGAACGCCUAUAUCACGUAGCCUGUCUCGUUUUUUAUUAUUCGUCUUUUAAUGGAUGUUGUCUCGGUUGAUAUAAAUUUUAUUUUAAAUUUUAACAGAUGAUAAUCUAUUUAGAGGGAACAAAGUGUUAGCGAAUUUCAAGAAUGUUUUAGUACUCAUCUCGGAAAAAUUAUUUUCUCUGCGAUCAUGAAACUGGUUAUUAUUUGACGUAAUACUGUCGAAUGUUAUGCUACUUAGUAAUGAAGAAAUUAUAUUAUUGUUCUAUAAAUAGAUCAGUUGUUUUUAA